UCCAUCACUGAGUACAUGGUUACGCUUAUCGAUGGAUCGCAGGCCAAAUGGGGAAUCAAACCCAAGAUGCGAGCCAUGCAGAGUCAACCAACAGUCAGUCGUUCGCUUCUGCAUCACAUUCAGCGCGACCAGAUCAAAGUGCGGCCCAAUGUUGAAAGGCUGGACAAGGACACCGUGUACUUUGACGACGGCGAGUCUACCAAGGCAGACAUGCUCAUAGCGUGCACAGGCUAUCGUAUCGAUCUUCCGUACCUACACGCGGACCUGAAAGCGGGUAUCAAAGAGGGCGAGAACGAUGUGUUCCUGUACAAGAACGUCUUCUCACCGACGGUUGGCCCAUCUCUGGCGUUCAUUGGGUUUGUACAACCGGCGUCCGGGGGUGUCCUGCCCAUGUCUGAGAUUCAGGCUAGAUGGCUGUGUGCGAUAGUCAAUCGUAAGGUCACCCUCCCGCCCGUCCAGCACAUGGUCGCGGAUAUCCACAGGGAACAACACGCGACACGGCAGCGCUACUUCAAAUCUGCCCGACACACCAUCCAGCGCGACCCUAUUCUGUACUGUGGUCAGAUAGCACAGAUGCUCGGAACGCAACCCAGGCUCUGGCGGCACCCCACACUAGCUCUGAGAUUACUGCUGGGAAGCGGCGGUACUUUCCAGUGGCGAUUGGAUGGUCCGGGCAAAUGGGAUGGAGCUGCCGAGGCCAUCAGGGACGUUCCGCUGCCAGGGCUGACCACAUACGGCCUGGCUGUGAUUCUGCUACUGCUAGUAUCACUCCCAAUCACCCUGCCCGUUGCAGUCAUUAUGGCACUCUUGCUCUAUGUUGUGCAAGCAAUACAGGGCAAUUAUACCGGCGCAAGCGGCCAGGUUGAAGAUCUGUCCGGUGGCGACAAGGUGAAGGUGGCGAAGAAAAAGAUGUAAAUGAUGAUUUGAUUUAUGGAAAACAUAUCAUUAAUAAACGUACAUACUUAAUGCAUGA